GAGAUACGCUCGUCGCUGUCUUCAACAACGACCACGACCACUCCCCGCCAUGGCCCGCGUCCCGCUCAUCGGCCGCCUGUCUCCCCGCGAAUACUUUGCACUCGUUUUUGGCUUUCUUUUUAUUGCGUUCGAGUUUGUCCUGCGCAUCACCGUCUUGUUCCUGCCGACGUCGGUCGUGAACUGGUUCACCCGCCACUCGCGCUCCGUCUACCACUUUUUCUUCGGGCCGCCCAAGCCAAAGUCGCAGCACCGCCAGAUCAGCGAGCGCAUCCGCAAGGCGCGCGACUUUGCCGAGCUCUGCGCCAUCUUCGGGUACGUCCACGAGGAGCACAUCGUGCUCACCAAGGACGGCUACCUCCUCAACCUCCACCGCCUCCCCACCAAGAAGGGCGAGCGCCGCGACCGCCCGGGCACGAGCACCGGCAAGCCCGUCGUCUACCUCCACCACGGCCUGCUCAUGAACAGCGAGGUCUGGGUCUGCCUCACCGACGAGGAGCGCGCGCUGCCCUUUGUGCUUGCCGAGCAUGGCUUUGACGUCUGGCUGGGCAACAACCGCGGGAACAAGUACUCCAAGAAGCACCUCUACCACAACUCGCUCUCGCCCAAGUUCUGGGACUACUCCAUCGACGAGUUUGCGUGGCACGAUAUCCCUGAUUCUAUCGACUACAUCCUCGACGCGGCCAAGGAGCCGAGCCUGAGCUAUAUAGGCUUCAGCCAGGGCACGGCCCAGGCGUUUGCCGCGCUGAGCAUCCACCCGCGCCUGAACGAAAAGGUCAACGUCUUUAUCGCGCUCGCGCCCGCGAUGAACCCCGAGGGGCUCGCCGCGCCUGUCGUCGACGGCCUGAUGAAAGCCUCCCCGACGCUCAUGUACCUCUUCUUCGGGCGCAAGUCGAUCCUGUCGUCGGCGACGAUGUGGCAGUCGAUCCUGUACCCGCCGAUCUUUGCGAAGCUGAUCGACACGUCGCUCGGGUGGCUGUUCGCGUGGCGCGGGCACAACAUCGCGCCGUCGCAGAAGAUCGCGGCGUACGCGCACCUGUACUCGUUCACGAGCGUGAAGGCGGUCGUGCACUGGUUCCAGAUCAUGCGCAACGCGGCGUUCCAGAUGUACGACGACGAGCUGCUCAGCCCCGUGCGCACGAGCAACAGCGGGUACCGCCCCGCGCGCUUCCCCACGAAGAACAUCGUCACGCCGAUCGUGCUGCUGUGGGGCGACCGCGAUAGUCUGGUGGAUAUCAAUGCGAUGCUGGCCGAGCUGCCGGGGCAUACGGUCGAGAAGCGCCUGCAUGGGUACGAGCAUUUGGAUAUUCUGUGGGGGAAGAAUGUGCACCGCGAUGUCAUCCCCGAGGUCCUCGACGCGCUCAAGGCGCACUGCAAUAACCCGCAGAAGCUCAUGGUCAACGGUGUCAAGUCCCCGCCUUCCUAAUAGACGUCUAGAGUUGUACUGUACGCAGUUUGUGUUUAUGAUAUUGAUACCAACUAGGUUACGGAGCGUCCGACAAGGGCAAUGCCGAGCUCAGCAUCUA